AUGCAGGGGCGUCCUUUGCCUUUGAGUCACCUUAUUAUCUCGAUUUGUAAGAAUUGCAUGGUGGUUCAGAUUCCCGCGAUUAAGAGAAACUUCGGCCUGCUUUUCUUACUGAAGAACAAGAGAAUAAACCCUCCGUGUAUCAGGCUCACGUUUAUCAAGAUAUACGGUGAGAAGUCGACGGUGGGGUACUCGGUGAUGCCUUACACCGUUGCGCUUAUGUCCUCGGGCAUCUGGCUCUACUACGGGGCCAUAGAGAAAGAUGGUCAUUUACUGAUUGGCGUUAACGCAUUCGGUUGUGUUGUCGAGAGAGUGUACAUUAUCAUGUACAUUGUCUAUUCACCUCCUCACCGCCAGGUUCGAGCUAUCAGGUCACGCAGUGUGGCUUUCAUGCCGAUCACACUCACGUGUGUCCUCAAUGUGAACACCAUCAUAUGGGGCGUUUACGGCUUCCUUAGGGGAGAUGCCGCGAUUUGGGUUCCGAACACGAUUGGCCUUGUACUCGGGGUUGUACAGGUCAUUGUGUACUUGCAAGGAUUUCGAUUCCUUACCUCAAAAAUAGAAAGGAACAAAAAGCUAGUUGAAAAGGGGAAGGUUCUUGAGAGCCUUCAAAGGAAACCGAAAGUUAGAAGAAGAAAAGGAACGAAGAAGAAAGAAGGGAUUGAGAACUCGAAUGGCAGCUCUUACCUCUUCAAGUAUGGAGAUUCAACCAAGCUACUUUGA